AUGGAGCGGUCAGCUGUCUUCGGCCUUUCUCUGGCCCUUGUCCUGGUUUUCUUUGGUUCGACCUCUUGCAAUCCCUCCGGACCGGCCUCUCCCACCUGUGCCACGCUGGAGCAGAGCAGAUUUUUCGGCGUCUUCUCCUCCACCACGACUCUCCCCUCAGCUCCCUGCUCGUGGACCCUGCAAAACCCCGACCCUCGCCGCUACAACGUCUACAUGAAGAUCACCAAACCCACGGUCACCUGCGUCCCCCGGCAGAUCCGCACCUUCCAGUUCGACUCCUUCAUCGAGACCUCCCGCACCUACCUGGGCAUGGAGAGCUUCAACGAGGUCGUCAGGUUGUGCGACGGAUCCACCACGGUCACGUACCUCGAGGCCAGCAAGCAGUUCCUUCAAAUGCGCAAAGUGGCUCCGACCAACGCCCUGGAAGUCCCCGAGGAUGUCAGCGAGUUCAAGGCCGAGUUCCUGGUGGUUGGGAAGAGGAACCCCAGCAUGCCCGCCUGCCAGAUGCUGUGCCAGUGGUUGGAGAAAUGUCUGAACAGCAGCACCCAUGACUACCCCUGUGGCAUCAUGAACACCCCAUGCCAAUGCUGGGAGACCCCCAAGAGGAAGCCUGGAAGCUGCUACAGAGGAGGAGUCCUGGUUGACAAGUGCCUGACUGCUCCCAAAGACCUGGGACGUGAUGCUGAGAUAAUCAAAGGCUGGGCCACCUGGGGGCGCUGGUCAGUGUGCAGCCAGGAGUGUGGUGAAGGGGUGCAGGUGCGUAGCCGCGGCUGCCAGCCCAAUGAGGCGGCGUGUGAAGGGACAGUGGAAGAGGGACGCUCCUGCAACCCUCAGCCAUGCAUCGGAAAAGAACGCAGUAAGAGCUCAGGCUUGAGGGCAAUCGUUGGAAUGAGAGGAGAUGACGCUUCCAGCCAGGGACUUGUUGCAAACCCAAUUGAUUACCAAACUGAUGCCUGGUCUUCCUGGAGCUCCUGUUCGCAGACGUGUGGAGAGGGGUGGCAGAGUCGCAGCCGUGUGUGUGCCACCUCCUCCUUCUCCACCCAGUGUGUCGGACCCCUGAAAGAGACCCGUCCAUGCAACAACUCCGCUGUCUGCCCCGUGGAUGGUGCUUGGGACGACUGGGCCCCUUGGAGCCUGUGUUCUUCCACUUGUGGCCGUGGGUACCGUGACCGUGUGCGCACAUGCAAACAGCCUGAGAACGGAGGAAAACCAUGCGGGGGCCUGAACAGACAGACCAAGUUCUGCAACAUCGCUGUGUGUCCAGUGGACGGACAUUGGAACGAGUGGACCGCUUGGAGUAGCUGCUCUGCCUCUUGCUCAAAUGGGACCAGACAAAGGACAAGAGAGUGCAACGGGCCUUCCUAUGGGGGCUCCGAGUGCCACGGCAGCUGGAAAGAAUCUGACAACUGCUUCCUCAAUGAAUGUCCUGUUGAUGGACGUUGGCAUUCGUGGACCACCUGGGGCAGCUGCAGUAAGACCUGUGGAGGAGGAGCCCAGCUGAGGCAGAGGGUCUGUGAGGGUCCCUUCUUUGGUGGUGACCCCUGCAAUGGAGACAACAGGGAGCAGAAGAGGUGCAACGAGAAGAGAUGCCCUGAGCCCCAUGAGAUCUGCCCAGAGCAAAACUCAGGCGAUAUUGUGUGGAAGAAGACCCCUGCUGGUGACAUGGCUGCGAUCCCAUGCCCUUCUGAUGCCGCUGGCCUCAUUCUGCGCCGCUGCACUCUUGACGCGGUCGGUCUGGCUUUCUGGGAGAACCCAACUCACAUCAAAUGCAUUUCCAAGAACUAUGAGAACAUCCAGACCCUGUCUCGGGACUAUAACGCCAAGGCACAGAUGGGCCAGAGCGUAGAUGGGAUCGCUGAGGUGAUUUCACGCCUCAGAUUUUCCUCGGAUGAAGGAGCCAAGUACAGCGGGGACCUGAUGGCAGUUAUGGAGAUCCUUAAAAAUACCACAGAGCUGUACAAAGCCACCCGUCUGAGGCUGAGCAAUGCGGACGUAGAGAACUUUGUCCAAACCAUCAGCAACUUACUGAAGGAGGAGCACCGUGACAAAUGGGAAGAAUCACAACUGAUGGGGGCCAGCAUCAAAGAGUUCCUCCGCCUGGUUGAAGACUUUGUGAACAUGAUCGGAAUGCAAAUGAGCGGCUUCCAGGACAUUUAUGAAGUCACAGAGAAUUUAGUGAUGAGCAUCCACAAGCGCCCCACCAGCACCAACUCCAACUUCACUUUGCCCGUUAAAGGAUGGAGGGGAAUGUUGGACUGGGUCAGGAGCGCCGAAGAGAAAAUCACAGUGAGCCGCGAUGCACUGUCCCUUGAACAAGCCGAUGGCAAUGAUGCGUAUGUGACUGGCAUCGUCCUCUACAAAAACCUUGCGUCCAUCCUGUCUUUCCAAAGCAACGCCACAUUAUUCAACUCUAAAGUGGUGACCGUCAUCGUUAGCCCAACUCCAAACCUGCUCUCGUCUCCCGUCGAGAUUGAGUUCCCUCAUCUCCACAAUGAUACUAUGAACGAGACCUGCCUGUCCUGGGACGAGAGCGAGACUUCCUCUCUGCUCGGCUCUUGGUCUGCGCGGAGCUGCAGAGCGGUGCCCGUCCAUUCGCACAGAACCAAAUGCGUGUGUGACAGCCUCUCCACCUUCGCCAUUUUAGCCCGCGUCAACUUCGACUCGAUCAUGGAUAAGUCACUUCUUCCCUCCGUGACCCUCAUCGUGGGCUGUGGGGUUUCUUCUCUCACUCUGCUGCUUCUCAUCAUCAUCUACGUAUCAGUCUGGAAAUAUAUCCGUUCAGAGAGAUCCGUGAUCCUAAUCAACUUCUGCAUCUCCAUCAUCUGCUCCAACGCUCUCAUUCUCGUCGGACAAACUCAGGCUCGCAAUAAGGUGGUGUGCACUCUGGUCGCCGCUCUCCUCCAUUUCUUCUUCCUCUCGUCUUUCUGCUGGGUGCUGACAGAAGCUUGGCAGUCCUACAUGGCUGUCACCGGUCGUCUGCGCAACCGCAUUAUCCGCAAGCGCUUCUUGUGCCUUGGCUGGGGAUUGCCCGCUUUGGUUGUGGCUGUAUCUGUUGGCUUCACAAAGGCGAAAGGAUACGGCACCGUCACUUACUGCUGGCUCUCUCUUGAAGGCGGACUCCUCUACGCCUUUGUUGGUCCCGCCGCUGCUGUCGUCCUGGUGAAUAUGGUCAUUGGUAUUCUGGUCUUCAACAAGCUGGUGUCCAAGGACGGCAUCACCGACGUUAAGCUGAAGGAGAGAGCGGGAGCGUCUCUGUGGAGCUCCUGUGUGGUUCUGCCCCUCCUGGCUCUCACUUGGAUGUCUGCAGUCUUGGCUAUCACCGACCGCCGCUCCGCCCUGUUUCAGAUCUUGUUUGCCGUUUUCGACUCCCUGGAGGGUUUCAUCAUUGUCAUGGUGCACUGCAUUCUCCGCCGCGAGGUCCAAGAGGCUGUAAAGUGCAGAGUCGUGGAUCGCAAAGACGACGGAGACUCCGGCAGCUCCCAUCACAACAGCCACUCGCAGCAUAUGCAGUCGGACAAUGAAAAGGAUGGAGAUUCAGGCAGACAAGGCAUGAAGAGUUCGUCUGAAGAGAAGAUGGGGGGUCCUCACCACCCUCUCCCCAUGGGUUCUAACUUCCACACCCUGCCCUCCAAACCCAGCAAGAGCCACAUGCAGGCCGUGCCCGAAUACUCCAGCCACACCUUGACUCUCAAACGCGACAAGGGGCUGGUCGCUGGAGGCGUGGACCCUUCAUGCGGAAAACCCGUCUACGUGUGCGAAGGCGAGCUUUUCCAACAGCUCGACGCAGAUUUAGCUCGAGUCCAAGCCGAGGGGAGCAUGUCGGACGGCAGCGGGUACAUCCUCAUGCCCAAUACCACCUCCACGCUGCGCAAAGCAAAAGACGAUCCCACCAAGUACAACAUCGCCGUGGAGCAGAUGCCUCAGGCCAGACUCAUGCAUCUGGGCGGGCCUUACGCAGAGCCACAGACCGCUUUUGGAAUCCAAGGCAUCCCCCCGGAUCAAGUCAGCAUGUCCUAUUCCGAACGGGACUCCCCCAUUCAGAACAUCCACAACAUGUCCAGCGAGUCGCACAUCACCCACAGCAGCCUGGAGAACACUUUUGAAUCCAUGAACUCCAUGAUGUCCAAGAGCGAGACCAUCUCCACCCUCUCCAUGAGCUCUCUCGAGAGGCAAAAAUCCCGUUAUGCUGAGCUGGAUUUCGAGAAGAUAAUGCACACCAAGAAACGCCAUCAGAACAUGUUCCAAGACCUCAACAGGAAGCUACAUCACGCUGAAAAGGACCGGGAGUCGCCUGCCUCCGAUAGCAAGUCUGUGAGAUGGAGUGUCUCUUCUGGAGGAAGUGACAAAACCAACCACAGCGACAAACAGCAAGCUUCAAUGGAGAGGCCAUGGGAAGGAGUCCGUGGCAUCCCCCAGUCGCCUCCCGCCUGGGUCCGCAAAGACAUGGAGCCUCUCGCCGCCUCACCCCUGGAGCUUCACUCGGUCGAAUGGGAGAAAACCAGCACCACUAUCCCGAUGGUGGGACAGGACAUUAUCGACCUGCAAACCGAAGUCUGA